AUGAGCGUGUUUACAGUCUAUCGUGGUCAACGUUGCUCGCCAGAGGAACUGGAGCGAAUUGGUGGCGGCAUCGGUUUCAUAGCUACUAAUGGGUUUCUCUCGACUACACUUAACAGAAGGUUGGCUGAAACUUUUGCCGGAUCUGCAAAUGACCCUCAAGAUGACGAUUCUGUUGCAGUUCUCUUUGAAAUUACGGUUGACUUGAAUCAGAUCUCAUCGACUGUCUUAGCGUACAUUUCGCACUUGGGCAAUUUAGACAAGGAAGAAGACGACGAAGAAGACAACGAAGAAGAAGUUCUGUUUGGACUGGGCGCUCGAUUCAAAAGGGAAGGCAGGUGUGUACAGGAUGAAGAGGGCCGAUGGAUCGUUAAAAUGCAGGCAACAGAUCGCGGACAGGAGAUUGCUAGCGACUAUGUAUCUCACUGGCUAACUGAAAUGUCAAACUUCUCAUCACCGUCGUCGCUACACUCCACUUCCCUCAAAAUGAUUCUAUCUCAACUGCUGAUAGAAAUGGGCAAGUACGAGAAAGCGAUUAAAUUUUUAGAUCUGAUUCUGCCUACAACAGAUGAAGAACGAGCAAAUCGCUGCUUUGGUUUGGCGGAUGCGAAACUAUCGUGCUUCGAGGAUCAAGACAGACUUACAGCAGUGGGCGAAGCAGUCGCCUUACUAACUGAAGCACUCGGUUUAUUUGUUUCAUCAAAGAAUCAGCUGGGAGCUGCCAAUACUCAACGACGAUUGGCGGACGCCUUUGUAUUGAGGGAGGAGUACAAACUGGCUAAGGACAACUAUCACCAAGCACAUCGGAUCUACAGUGAGAUUCGCGGACAAGAAGCCAAUAUCGCAAGCUGUAUAAAUGGUCUAGGUGAUGUGUACUUGGGAGAGAAAAGUUAUGAGCAGGCUGGAAAACUAUACCAAGAUGCACUAAAGAAACGUCGUCAGUGUUUGCCCGAUGAACAUCCGGCAAUCGCAAGAAGUUACUACAGUUUAGGAAGGUACUAUUAUUUCAAGGGAAAUAAUGAAGAGAACGCACGGACGAUGGUCAAAGAAGCUAUGGUGCGAAAGAGGAAAAUCUAUCCACCAGAGCAUCCGUCUAUUCUGCGCAAUACUCGUUUCCUGAAAACAGUUUUAGCCGCAGAGAAAGCAGCACGUAAUUAA